GGCUACGACACGGGCGUCUGCUCCGGCGCUCUCCUCCAGAUCGGCGACACGCUCGGCGGGCAACCUUUGACGACCUCGCAGGAGACGGCCAUCGUCGUCUCGGCGCUGUGGGGCGCGCUCGCCGGCAGCCUCGUCGCGAGCAAGGUCGCAGACUGGGCAGGCCGCAAGCCCGUCGUGCUCGGAGCGGCAGUGCUCUUCGCCGUCGGAGCUCUUGAACAAGCAGCGGCGCAGACCCUGAAGGAGGUCCUCUUCGGUCGCGUCAUGGUCGGCCUCGCCGUCGGGCUCGCGUCGAUGGUCCUCCCCGUGUACCUCGGCGAGAUCUCGCCGCCCGCCUUCCGAGGCCGGAUCGUCGGCUCGCUCGUCGUCCUCAUCACCGGCGGCCAGGUCAUCGCCUACUGCAUCACGGCCGCCUUCAUGCACGUCGACAAGGCCUUCCGCUGGAGCUUCGGGCUCGGCGCCGUGCCCGCCAUCUUGCAGCUCGUCCUGUCGUUCUCGAUUCCCGAGUCGCCGCGGUGGCUCGUUCGACAAGGCCGCCUCGUCGCCGCCCGCCGGAACCUGUCGCUUCUGUCGCCGCACGCGACGCCCGCCUCGAUCCAGCACCGGCUCGACGCCAUCCAGGCCGACGCGCCUGACAUACGGGGCGAGCACGCCCCGACGGCGAGCAAGGCUGACUGGAGGACGCGGCUGCGCGACGUCGUGCGCAUGUACAGCUGGGACGAGCUGCGUCAAGGCCGGCUCGGCUCCCUGUGGCGCGACCGAGCGAGCCGUCGCGCACUUGCCGUCGCCGUCGGGCUCCAGUGGUUCCAGCAGUCGACCGGGUUCAACAACCUCAUGUACUACAGCGGCAAGAUCCUCGCCGAGACGCACCUGUCGCAGCCCGCCGCGUUCGCCAUCUUCAUCGCCGUGUCCAACUUUAUCGCGACGCUCGUCGCGCUCCGCCUCAUCGACCGAGUCGGCCGACGGUACCUCCUCUUGCGCACGUUCGUCGGCAUGGUCCUCGGCAUGGCGCUCCUCGCGUUCGCCUUCCUGUUCAUCCCUGUCGGCGACGUCGAGGGACCCGGCGACGCGGCGAAGCCGGGUACGAGCCCUUGGGCGUUCGUCGCGCUCGCGGCCAUGGUCGGGUUCUGCGUGUCGUACGCACUCGGUAUCGGCAACGUCGCGUGGGUCGUGCAGGCCGAGGUCUUCAACCAGGACUUGCGCGCGAUCGGCAACGGGCUCGCGACUGCCGCCAACUGGAGCGGCAACCUCGUCGUCUCGUCGACCUUCCUGCACAUCUCGAAAGCAUUGACGCCCGCAGGCGCGUUCGCCCUCUUCUCGUGCGUGUCGGUUGCGGCGUGGCUCUUUGUGUACUUUUCUCUCCCCGGUGCGCCCACCACAUCUCUCUCCCUCUCUUUCUUGACCUCUUGUCCCUCUGGACCUGACCGUCUCUCGAUGCGCCUCUUUGCCCGCAGAGACCAAGGGCCUGUCGCUCGAGGAGGUCCGGGCGCUCUUCGAGCAGCACGUCGGGCUCGCGCCGGGUCGCUCGACCUCCUCGGUCGCUGCCGCCGGGACGACGGUGCACGGCUCGGACGCUCGAGGGAACUACUACGUCGUCGGCGAGGAGAGCGAGGUGGACGAGGCGCAGGGAGUGAUGGCUUCGACGCGAGGCGACUGCUCGGGGAACGGGCGGCGGCGGCUUGA